AUGAGGCUUCUGGUGAUCUUGCCAACGUUCCUGACGGUGGCCGUCGCAGCCAAACUCCCAACAAACACCUACAGCCAGCCCUUCGCCCAACACCAGCAGACCGUUGUUGACACCCCGCAGAGCUUUGCACAUACUGAGACAUCUGGACUGACCAACGGCCAGGCCGGGCAAAAUGGCCUGACUCAGAGCUACGGAGAACCCAAUGAACAACAAGCCGCGACCCAAUUCAACGGCCAGGCCGGACAAAACGGUCUGACUCAGACUUACGGCAAACCCGUGACCCAAUUCAACGGCCAGACCGGACAAAACGGUCUGACUCAGACUUACGGCGAACCCGUGACCCAAUUCAACGGCCAGACCGGACAAAACGGCCUGACUCAGAGCUACGGCGAACCCGUGACCCAAUUCAACGGCCAGGCCGGACAAAACGGCCUGACUCAGAGCUACGGCGAACCCGUGACCCAAUUCAACGGCCAGGGUGGGCAAAAUGUCCUCACUCAGACUUACGGUGAAUCCAAUGGGCAACAACCCGUGACCCAGUUCAAUGGCCAGGCCAGCCAAAAUGGCCUGACUCAGUCUUACAAUGACCCUCAAGGCCUGAUUCCGCCCAAUGGCCACUUUGCGCCGAAUGGUCUCACUCAGACAAACUUUGUACUCUCUGGGUCUCAGGACCUGACGCAGGCCAAUGGAAACGCUGGGAUUAAUGACCUCUCUCUGAGUAAUGGUGCCCCCGCUGGAUCACAGAACAUAAACCAUCCCAAUGGCCACGCAGGUGUCUUUCUUCCAGCACACAAAGAGCCAGUCAAGUUUCACCCCCAAACACAGCAGCAAGGCCUCACAGAGCAGGAGAGCUCGUUUGAGACUUACGAAGAACCCACGGAGUCACACGGCGAGACCCAAGAAUCCAACGGUCAGGACCUCUCUCCUCACACUCAGGACGUAGUCUCGGGGACGCAAAGCCUGAAGGAGCCCAACGGCGACGUUUGCCUGGAGGGACAGGUGCGUCACGCAGACGGCUCCUGCGUCACGCCUGAGGUGACUCGCAGCGUCUACGUAUUCGGCGUGACCGAGACGCCCCGACCCUCCGCAAGGCCGUCGCCCCGCCUGCCUCCCCCAAAGGUCCACGAACACGUGCUGCUCAUCCGCGCACCUGAACGUUGGGCCGCCGAACAAUCCCUGGUGGUGCCGCCGCCCGCACAGAAGAGCGUCGUUUACAUCCUCAGGAAAGAGUUGGAAGAUGAAGACCCGCGAAUCAUUGAGGCGCCCGUCACGCCGCCACCCCACCCUGAGGUGUUCUUCGUCAACUACAAGGACGGCGACAACGUCAGCCUGCCCAAUGGCCUCAACCUGCAGAAGGCCUUGCAGGGCGCCAUCACGGGCCCCACCACGCUGCUGGACGCCGCUGAGGAGGGGAAUGCGGCAGAGGACGCACAGGUGACAAACUUCCCCAUCCUAGGCGACAAGGUCUCGCUGGAAGGCCAAAGCGAAGAAGAUCUGGUGAGCUACCGUAACGGCGCCUUUACAACAGACGAUCUGAGGGAGGGCACCUUUGUAUUGGAAGGCCAAAGCGACGACGACGACCUCUAUCUGGAAAGUCAAACCGAUGGCAGCAUUAUCUUGCUGGAACAGAGGGACGGCGAUGAUCUGAUAGACCAGAGCGACGAGGACUCUCUGGCAGGCCACAGCAAUGGCAGCCUAGUGCUGAAAGACAACAGGAACGGAGGCCACGCGCAGGGUGGCCACAGUGGCGGUUUUGCUGUGAAUGGUAACAAUGUCAUUGCAGCGGGAUUCCAAAGUGACGAAGCUCUCUUCUUUAGAGGCCACAGUGACGAUGGCCUCGUGUUGAGUGGACACAGUGAUGGCGGCUUCGUACCAAACGGCGACGACAGCAGACACACGGACUUCAAUAUCUUGAGAGAUGAGUCUCUUGAGUACCAGUUCAGUAGCGUGGAAGACAGUCUCGGUGAGGCCCCCGGCACUCAAGAAGUUAUUGCCAGCAGUGUCUUCGGCGGCAGCCCACAACAGGUGAGAGGGGAUGGUGGCAACAGUGUGCCCGCACAGCUCCUCAGCGUCAGCUUUGAAGGCAACGUCGGCAGCUUCAGCGGCCUCGCCAACAGCAGAAAGGAGACAGCGGUUAGGGGCAGCGAGGAAACCCCAGGUUCGGCCAGCCAAGCAGCCGCCUUUGGUGAUGCCUCGUAUGGGCCCCCCAGCAGACCUGCCGCCGGCCCCGCCCAGCUCUACGCCCCGCAACACUCCACCAUGAGGCUCCUGGUGAUCUUGCCAACGCUCCUGACGGUGGCCGUUGCGGCCAAGCUCCCGACCUACACCUACAGCCGGCCCUUCGCCCAACACCAGCAGACCGGUGUUGACACUCCGCAGAGCUUUGCACACACUGGGACAUCUAGACUGACCAACGGCCAGGCCGGACAAAACGGCUUGAGUCAGAGCUACGGCGAACCCGUGACCCAGUUCAAUGGCCAGGCCAGCCAAAAUAGCCUGACUCAGAGCUACGGCGAACCCAAUGGACAACAACCCGUGACCCAGUUCAACGACCAGGCCGGACAAAACGGCUUGAGUCAGACUUACGGCGAGCCCGUGACCCAGUUCAACGGUCAGGCCGGCCAAAAUGGCCUGACUCAUUCUUACAAUGAGCCUCAAGGCCUGAUUCAGUCCAGUGGAUACUAUGGGCAAAAUGGUCUCACUCAGACUAGCAGUCGACCCGCUGGGCCUCAGGACCUAACCCAAACUAACGGACACUCUGGCAAAAACGAUCGCACUCAGACUUACGCUGCACUCAAUGGGCGACAGGACCUGAUUCACCCCAAUGGCCACUUUGCGCAGAAUGGUCUCACUCAGACAAACCUUGUACUCUCUGCGUCUCAGGACCUGACGCAGGCCAAUGGAAACGCUGGGAUUAAUGACCUCUCUCUGAGUAAUGGUGCCCCCGCUGGAUCACAGAACAUAAACCAGCCCAAUGGCCACGCAGGUGUCUUUCUUCCAGCACACGAAGAGCCCGUCAGGUUUCACCCCCAAACACAGCAGCAAGGCCUCACAGAGCAAGACAACUCGUUUGAGACAUACGAAAACCCCACUGAGUCACACAGCCAGACCCAAGAAUCCAACGGUCAGGACCUCUCUCCUCACACUCAGGACGUACUUGCGAGGCCGCAAAGCCUGAAGGAGCCCCACGGCGACGUUUGCCUGGAGGGACAGGUGCGUCACGCAGACGGCUCCUGCGUCACGCCUGAGGUGACUCGCAGCGUCUACGUAUUCGGCGUGACCGAGACGCCCCGACCCUCCGCAAGGCCGUCGCCCCGCCUGCCUCCCCCAAAGGUCCACGAACACGUGCUGCUCAUCCGUGCACCUAAACGUUGGGCCGCCGACCAGUCCCUGGUGGUGCCGCCGCCCGCACAGAAAAGCGUCGUUUACAUCCUCAGGAAAGAGUUAGAAGAUGAAGACCCGCGAAUCAUUGAGGCGCCCGUCACGCCGCCACCCCACCCUGAGGUGUUCUUCGUCAACUACAAGGACGGCGACAACGUCAGCCUGCCCAAUGGCCUCAACCUGCAGCAGGCUUUGCAGGGAGCAAUCACGAGCCCCACCACGCUGCUGGACGCCGCUGAGGAGGGGGCUGCGGCAGAGAACGCACAGGUGACAAACUUCCCCAUCCUAGGCGACAAGGUCUCGCUGGAAGGCCAAAGCGAAGAAGAUCUGGUGAGCUACCGUAACGGCGCCUUUACAACAGACGAUCUGAGGGAGGGCACCUUUGUAUUGGAAGGCCAAAGCGACGACGACCUCUCUCUGGAAAGUCAAACCGAUGGCAGCAUUAUCUUGCUGGAACAGAGGGACGGCGAUGAUCUGAUAGACCAGAGCGACGAGGACUCUCUGGCAGGCCACAGCAAUGCCGGCCUAGGGCUGAAAGACAACAGGAACGGAGGCCACGCGCAGGGUGGCCACAGUGGCGGUUUUGCUGUGAAUGGUAACAAUGUCAUUGCAGCAGGAUUCCAAAGUGACGAAGCUCUCUUCUUUAGAGGCCACAGUGACGAUAGCCUCGUGUUGAGUGGACACAGUGAUGGCGGCUUCGUACCAAACGGCGACGACAGGAGACACACGGACUUCAAUAUCUUGAGAGAUGAGUCUCUUGAGUACCAGUUCAGUAGCGUGGAAGACAGUCUCGGUGAGGCCCCCGGCACUCAAGAAGUUAUUGCCAGCAGUGUCUUCGGCGGCAGCCCACAACAGGUGAGAGGGGAUGGUGGCAACAGUGUGCCCGCACAGCUCCUCAGCGUCAGCUUUGAAGGCAACGUCGGCAGCUUCAGCGGCCUCGCCAACAGCAGAAAGGAGACAGCGGUUAGGGGCAGCGAGGAAACCCCAGGUUCGGCCAGCCAAGCAGCCGCCUUUGGUGAUGCCUCGUAUGGGCCCCCCAGCAGACCUGCCGCCGGCCCCGCCCAGCUCUACGCCCCGCCCUAAGAAGCAACAGCUUUCCCUCAUCACCUCAGCUGCUUGACUAACGCUGUACUCCCGCUAACCCUGAACACCGCUUGUCCAGGUCGGAUGUAGUUUGCAUGAAAAAAAUAGUUACCUCUUCAGUCUCUUUAGCUUAGAGCUUCUCAGUUCGGUAUCUGAGUAUUUGGUAUGUAAAAUGAAUGUUUUUCUUUCUAAGAAGACAAAAGAUACUGGAAAGUAUGCUAUGAACACACCACAGCAUCACGUCCUGAUCUGUAUUCCUCUCGAAGGUAGAUUACUUUGCUGACUGGAUCUUUACUUGCACUCUGUGCUCGACGCUUGUGGUGAUCAAUUAAUUACCUCUAUAUUAUUGUUGUUUUUAUGCGCCACUAUUACAUUGUUUUACUUCAAAAGAAUAAAAUUUUGUACCGCA